UGCGCUUCAUGCAAAAUGCUCAGCGGGCUAAGCUCCAGGCACAGGUCGAGGCUGGACAAUCCAAAAUCAAGGAUGAUACCAAGUGGGAGGUGUCACAGGAGACAAAGGAGGCAUGGGGCAUAGGAUCCAGCACACAAUCCGAGACGCGUGUCACCCACGAGACCUCCUACGUUCCAUUCAUGUUUUCCGCGGAAGACGAGGCGGCGUCUUCCUCGCGGUCAGAUGCGUCCGCUCUGCGGGGUCGUAGGCGUUUCGACGAGCGUGGGCAGGAGGUUGUACCAAAAGAGAGCGAAGCGGAGGAUGAGGAUGAAGAUGGAGAUAGCGUUGAUGCUGCAGCGCUGAGGAACCGCCGUCCGGUAGCCAUUUCCGGGUUCAAGGUCCCAGUUGCCGUCGGGAAGAAAGAAGGCAAGAAGGUGAGAACGAAGACGGCGCAAGAACUGAUACGCGAAGAUGCGAUACUGCAAUCCCGACCAUCAUCAUCAGCGCCUGCCAUACUGGACGAAGUCAAGCCCCGUGCUUCCGCCGGCUUCGUCAAGCCUGCCGGCAUCGACGAUCCCAGCUCGAUUUCUGCUAGGGCUAAAAAGAGAAAUAGGGACCAGGAUCACCCGAACGUAACACGCUCGGGCUCUCAAAGCUCGAAACGGAAAAAGAAGUCGGAGGCAUCAUAAUGGAGUUGUGUUCCUGAUUCCGUCGAUUGAAGCAUCUUUCCAAUUCAUUGACGGAUCUUACGACCUGCUGAUGCUGGCGUUCAGUUCGGGUAGAGUUGAUGUGUUACUCCUCGUACGUCAUGUGGUAAUGAAUCUGGUGGACCGAGACCUCACGCCUGAUAGCCGUAGUUCAUAGUGUCACCUUCUAUUGCCGCAUUGGCAUCUGUGUACCUUCCGCGACUAUCAUAUGUUGCCCUGAGCCUCAACGUCUUCCCCG